AUGCGCCGAUUCUCUUUUAGUCCUUUCUUUCAUCCCACUCUAAUCUCUUCUUCUCUCUUAAUUUCAACUCUCUUCUCCUCCUUCUUUUCCACUACUUUCCUUCUUUCCCUUGUCUCCAACCACAAGCGGAAAAACGAAUUGAUUUUCCCACCCUUUUUCCCGCCAAAAAUAUCUCCAGUUAAAAAGUCAGCGGUGCAACAUUUUCCGAUUCUUCAUCUUCGUUCCCAAACACACGCUCAUCCGUUUGACACGUUUCUCUCUUUCGACGUAGAUAUUUACUUUCGUGGAUUGAUGUUGCGUUGGGUGGGGAAGCAUAUUCGAUUCUUAGAGGUCGUAAGCGACCCGGGACAUUUAUUUCACUUACAUUUCAAAUCUCAUCUUCAACCUCUCCAUAUCUUUUGGUCUUCUUCAUUUUCUCGUCUUCUUCUUCUUUUACAUAUCUCUCUCUUUCAACUAUUCCUACGUCAGGAUGAAUUAAAUUCUACUGCUUCUCUUUCUUCUUCUUCUUCUUCUUCUUCUUCUUCUUCUUCUUCUUCUUCUUCUUCUCAUAAUGAACUUCCACUGCUUUUCUUUCUUUCUUUCUUUCUUUCUUCAUUAUCAUCAUCUUCUUCUUCUUCUUCUUCACUUUUCUCCUUCUCCUCCUCCUCCUCCUCCUUUCUCUUCUUCUCCUCCCCUCCCCUCCUUAUCUUCCUCCUCCUCCUCCUUCUUCUUACCUCCUCCUUCUUCUUCUCCCCUCCUCAUCCUCCUCCUUCUCCUUCUUCUUCCCUACUCCUCCUCCUCCUCCCCAUUCUUCUUCUUCUUCUUAAAAAAUCUUUGCCUUCAAUCUUUCCUCCUCCUCGUCCAAAAUCAUUUUCAUUACAAUCAUUCCCUUUUCUCUUCCUCUUUCCUAAAAUAAUCGUCUACCUUAGACUCUUUCCCCUUCCUUUUUUAAAAACACAGAUUUCAUUAGAUUAUCUCCUCUUUCUCCUUCUCCCCCUUAAAUAUUAUUGUCUUCAUCAUUCACUCCUUUACCUCCUCCUCCUCCUCAUUAAAAUCAUUUUGAUCAGAAUAUUUCCUUUUUCUUGUCCUCCUUAA